UGAAACCGGAAGUGCGUCCGAAUGCGCGGUGAGUUCAAUGAAUUGAAUAGUCAAAACGGGCUUUGAUCAUCACCGAACCGUUGUAGCAUUCUCUAACGUGGCGUGUGUUUCACUCCGUUCCGUUCCAAUGGCGGAAACCUCUGCACUAUGCUUCUCCACGUUCAGAUUCUCUUUCGUUCCGUUCUGUUCUCCUUCCAAGACCUUCAACAACUCCUUCUCUUUAUCUUCUUCUCCUUCUGCUCCUCAUCCUCGCCUUCUCCAUUUCGCUCCCAAAGCCUCCCCCGGUGGUAACUUCUCCGGCGACGAUUCCUUCGCCUUUUUCCCCUGGUCCGAUUCCGUUAACGACAUUCAAUGGGUUCCUGAGGAGAGAAUUACGUUGUUCACUGCUGAUGGACUGAUCCAGAUCGGUGGCUCCAUGGUUCCACGCCGUGUCAGCUCUUCUGAUAAGAAGCAAGGGAAAUCAAAAGCUACACAAAAGUUCCAACGGUUUCAAGAAAGUAACUACAUGGAUCCCAACCAAGGUCUUUGUCUGGGUGCACUCUUUGAUAUUGCUGCUACUAAUGGACUUGAUAUGGGCAGAAAACUUUGUAUUUUUGGUUUCUGCCGUUCCAUUGAGAUGCUCAGUGACGUUGUGGAAGACACUGUUUUAGAGCAUGGGGGGGAGGUUAUUGCUGCAGAGAAGGCAAGCAAAGGUGAUUUACAUGAGAAGCUAACCAUGACUGUUGCAGUGCCAUUAUUGUGGGGGGUUCCACCAGCUUCUGAGACGCUUCACCUCGCUGUUAAAAGUGGUGGAGGUAUUGUAGAGAAGGUCUAUUGGCAAUGGGACUUUCUGUAAAUACAUAUUUUAGGUCCCCUAACCAUUCUUUCCUCGCUCUGUACAUAAAAUUGUAUCUCUGUAUAUGUACACGAAAAUUUAAUGUCACGGUGUAUCUUUACUUGUACAACAAAUUAUUGUCAUGACAGUAUCGAGUUUACCGUUCA